AUGUUUAUUGUACUUGUCGUGGCUCUGUUGGGGUCAGCAGUUAAGGCCCAUUCCAUUGACCGGAUAAUAGGGGGAGAGGACUGCCCGCCUCAUUCCCAGCCAUGGUUGGCGGUACUGUACUACUUCAAUAGGUUUAUCUGUGGCGGAAUCCUUAUCGAUGAGUACUGGGUUCUGACAGCGGCUCACUGCAGGAUGACGAAUAUUCAGAUUCAUCUUGGAAAACAUAACCGGAAAGUCCAUGAGGACACCGAACAGUUAACGUAUGCUGAUAAAAUGUAUUGCCAUCCAGAAUAUAACAGCACCACUUAUGACAAUGAUAUCAUGCUCCUGAAGCUAGCAUCUCCAGCCAUCAUGAAUGACUAUGUGAGUGCUAUCUCCUUACCCACUGAGCCCGUGGAUGAUGACACCAUUUGUAUCAUCUCUGGAUGGGGAUCCACCAGCAGCCCUGAUGAGUCGUACCCCGAUGUGCUGCAGUGUCUGAACAUCACCACUAUAUCUGCCUCUGUCUGUCAGGAGCUCUCCGGGAAUGAUAUCAUAACCGACAACAUGAUUUGUGCCGGAGAUCUUGAAGGGGGGAAAGAUUCCUGCCAGGGAGAUUCCGGGGGGCCCCUCGUGUGUGGCUCCGUGUUACAGGGAAUCACAUCGUGGGGAGACUUUAUCUGCGGAACGCCAAACAAGCCAGGAAUCUAUACUAAAGUCUUCAAUUAUCUCUCCUGGAUUAAGGACAUCAUGGAGAAUGAGGCUCAGGAAACAUGCUAAAGGGGCACAGAGCUGGAAUCCCUGGCAGCUGGAUGACGGGAGAGCGACCGUGUGACACAUCAGCUUCUGAAAUAUAUAAACCUGCCGAUAACUAAUGGGUCAUAAUUAAAUAUCGAGAGCCAAAGCCA